CCCCCCACGACCAAAGCCAGGCUCUUUACGCGACCGCAUCGCAGCUUUCGAGAAUAAAGGGCCGGCACAGGCAGCACCAGCGCCCCCAGCUCCACGUCCUAAACCGCGCGAAUGGAAGCCCAAGCCCGUUGCUACUUCUCCCCCUGGAUCCACUUCAGCUACCCCUGAUGCAGCCGUAACCUCUAGUGCGACCUCAGACGAGCCGCAUGGUGUGAGAAAGGUGGGUGGAAUGAGCGCGAGUGAUGCAAAGGAGAGUAUCGGGAUGGGUGGGUCAUUGAAAGAACGUAUGGCGGCUCUGAAAGGAAUGGGUGCGUUCGGCGGUGCACCUCCCGCAGAACCACCUCCUAGACCUUCUGGCGAUAAACCGAAGUGGAAGCCGCCGCCCAAGGUCGCUCAUGCACCUGCUGUCGGGGACAAUGAGGAGGAUGCUGGAGAGGCGACGGUGACGUCGCCGUCCCUCGCCCCCGUUAGUGCUGAGGGCAGUCUCAAGUCACCUCCAGCUGUCGAGGUAGGAGAACCGAUGUCUGCAGCUACUGAGGAGGAGGCUGGAGAGAAGGAGCAGGAUCCUGAGGAGGAGGAACGACAGCGACGGGCUGCUAUUGCUGCGCGCAUGGCUAAGCUCGGUGGUGCGAGGGUCGGUAUGGGACCGCCUAUCUUCGGGAAGAAACCAGCCGUUCCGGCAAAGAAACCAUCGCUCGAGGUUAAUAGAGACGAGCUACCUGUGACGAAGGCUGAGGUCGCACACCCAGCGCACAAGGUCGACGAAGAGUCGGUCUCUGUGACUGGGAAGGCGGCCGAGCCUGGAGAGGAGCCUACGGGACGCAAGGAUUCGGAUGUUCCAUCCAUCGUCUCGCCACCUCCGACCGAUAUCGAAGCCCCAAUCGUAUCUCCCAAACCACAAACUUCUUCCCCACUCGAUACAGCAAUAUCUGCCCCCAUCCCGAUCCCCGCAUCCCAGUCAACAACCUCUCUCACCGUCCCCUCCGAUGACGCCGAUUCCACUCACACCAGCAGCAGCGCCGCAACCCGGUCGCCCUCCAUGCCCGUUCCCGCCGCUCCGAAACGAGCGGCUCCACCCCGUCGUAAGGCCAAGUCUCCCGCGCCACCCUCUGCGGCUGUCACCCCUGCUGCUGAGGAGGUGCCGAAGGAGUUGGGCGAGUCCGUGGUGGUGGCUGAGGGUAACGGUAUGGAGGGAGAGGAGGAUAAGAAGGUUGUGGGAGAGGAUGCGAAGCAUGAUGGGGAAGAAGGUUCACCGUCGGUCACAGUGGACCAUCCGGAGGAGACGCAGGCCGCUCUCUCUACCACGCCAGCUCCUAGCUCUACCCACGCUCCGACAGAACCCGCCGUUUCUCCGCCUACCACUAACGCCGCCACCGCGGAUAAAGACGAAGAGACUGUCCUCCGAGGCCCACUCCACACCUCCCCUGGCGUCACCUUACUAGCCGGUGUUCGUUCUGCGGUCAAUACUGUCGCAGAUGCGGUCGGAGUUCAGGGGCUUGAUGGAGGUGACAGGGAGCCGGAGGUGGGCCAGGUAGGGAGGAGUGUCGAGCAGAUUACGGGAUCAGACAAGGAGGAUGUACCCGUACCGGCUGAGGGGAGCACUCCGACUUCGAUCCCGCCACCUCCACAGAGGACGACAUCGACGUCUUCGGAUCCGAGACCAGAGUCACCUGAUGCUCCGGAGGUUGAUGUGGCCCGGAAGGUCGAGGCGCCACACGAGCCAGAGAGCGAGGCCAAGCCUUUACCGGAGACAGAGUUGGACUCUGUCAGGGAUCAGGAGUAUACGGCUGAUAUCGAACCUGUUGCGGUUGGUCGAAGCGGAGACGUGGUUGAAGAGAAAGAGCACGAUGCCGCCGAGGAAGCGAUCAUUCCGGACGUAGAGGACGUCAUUCCCGAGGAACAAAAGACGGAAGUUGCGGCUGAAGCACCAGAGGAAGAGGAAGAAGAGACCGAAGAAACGAGGAGGCAGAGGAUCGCGGAGAGGGUCGCGAAGAUGGGUGGGUUUAAUCCGUUCGGAGCCCCCCCUCGACCCGGUGGCGUGCCUGCUGUAACUUCGCCUGGUACGAGUAGGAAGGCCAGCGUGAAUGUCGAAGAGACGGAGUUGUCGCCCAGGGAGGAAAAGAGGCAGAACAGUGGAAUGAGUGGUAUGGGGAUUCCGCCUGCUGUUAGGCGGAAGACAAAGGACGACAUAGAAACGGAAGGCGCGCGGGCUGAGCCCGGGGAAGACGGUAGGUAUUGAAUCGUUUCUCUGGCUCUCAAUCCCCUCUUCCCCGGUAUUCUUCGUCCCUUUUCGUGUAUAAACUCUUUGGUCCCUCUCCGCUCAAUCCCUCUCCUUUUGGAUCCGAAGUUUUGCAUCCCCUCACAAAUACAUGCUCUGAUCUGAUUCGAUCUGUAUGUACCACCACAACAUCUCGAUGCAGUUAUUGAUAUUUUUGUUCUGGC